AUGUUACGAUUUUCGGAUACAAAAAAGGACGACGACAACGCUCUUUCCGAAGAACAGCGAUUUUACUAUUUGCGGUUGAUGGCAAAGCCAUCAAGCGGCAAGAAUGAGCCAAUAAAAACAAAAUUUGUCCGCUGGUCACUACCAGGUCCCCAAGGAGAAAAUCUUGAAACUAAUCAUGAUCUCGAGAGUCAAGCAAUGCGUGUCGUGCGAACAAUCGGGCAAGCAUUUGAGGUAUGCCAUAAGGUAGCACAAGAGCAGAUGCAAGAGAAGUACCAAGAAGAUUCAGAAUGUAGUUCUAAUGUAAGGGUUAAAAAUUCACUCACAAGCACUGAAGGUGAUCACGGUGAAAUGGAGGAGAAGUUAGCAAAAGUAAGUGAAGAUUCAUGUAGUCUAUCAUCAACGGAUGGUCCACCACCGGUUACUGCACCUGCUUACCUCCAAAAGCGUCAUCAUUCCACAUUUGUGCAACAAAAAUCUUUCGAUGCGAUUCUAAAUCCAUCGGCUGCGUUGGAAGCGGCAGCUUUGGCUACUACCGCUGCGGCCAAAGAUUAUGCUCAAGCAAGCACUUCCAGCGAGCCACGAAAAUUCUCAGUCAGUCAAACGAAUCCAAUACAACAGUGUGCAUCAACUUCCGGAAAUCCAGCAAACACUGCCAGUGAUCCGUUGCCUUUCGUAUCCGGCUCCUCAACUUUGUCACACUCAACGACGUGGGCACCACAGACAACCACUGGUCAGUUCCAAUCAGUGCCGACACUCGAUCAACGUGGUUUGCCGACCAUGCAUUAUUAUCCUAUGCCAGUGAUGUGUCCAUCAGUAUCAAUGCCGUACGGACUCAGCUCGCCGUAUUUAUUAUCGCCUUAUUCAACCCUGCCGUUACCGGGGAAAAUCUCCGAACAGCAAGCCUCUUCUACUACCAAUCCGAACAUUCCUGGAAGUCCUCUUGAAGGACAAGAUCUCACCAGCUAUCAGCUCAAUUUAUCAUUAGAUCAGUACAAUCAACAUUUGAUACGUUCGCAAUUGGAUCAAGCUCAACAAACCGUCCAGGUGGCAAGCUACCAGGUGCAAUUAUUAAGAGAUCAGUUGACAAGUGAAACAACUGCUCGAAUAGAAGCUCAAUCUCGAACACAUCAGCUGUUAAAUGCUAAUCGUGAAUUGUUAGAACAAGUGCAAGCCCUCGUCCUAAGGCUUCAAUCACUCGAAACGAAACUUGCCGAGGAAAUUCAAGAACAAAUCACUCAGCCGUCAACAUCAAAGGGACAAUCAGAAUCCUCAACCUCACCAACUAAGUCUAUGGAAUCAAGGCGAACACAACAACUGACCACUUCAUUGCACGAACAAUUUAAGAGUGAAGCAAAAGUUCCUGGACCACCACCAGUUGAUCCUUCAAAGCCAUAUCAGUUGCAAUCGUUGGCAGACAUACGCGCAGGUUCGUUGCCACCUCAGGGAAUUCAGUCGAAGACCACUUUUUCAACAAAAAAUACGCGUAUGGCAGACGAUUUCGAAGCCCGAACUGAACCAGAAAGCGGAGCGGAGGAUACGACAGAUUAUAGUUCCUCAGACCAAUAUGAGAAAAUACCAUUCCCAAUAAUUCAACCAAAACGAUUGGUAUCUGUGCCUGAACCGCAUUUAGAUGUAUUGGUGUCCAACCCGCAGGUAUUACCAAAUUUGUCGUCAUUUUUCUCUGCCCAGCCAUCAUCCUCUGAGAGCUAUGUUCCCAAUUUUUUGGCUUAUCCAACACGAAGUCAAAAUACCGAAAUAAGCAAGUGUGAUGAGGAACAACCAAAUCCUUCAUCGUUUUCUCGCCGUAUGAAAGAACGAUCAGGAGUUUUGAAAGGUGGAACACUGUUCAAACGAAUGUCCUUCAAUCCAAAACUUUGGAAAGAUGUGGAAACAGUUGGUAGUACAAUUGCGGAAAAUAUCGAUACAAGCCAGAACACAUCAAGGAAGGCCUAUGAAAAACAGAAAGGAAUGUCAAAAGAUGAACAUGUUGAAAAUAAAAAGAAAAAAUCUGAUCGGCUUCAAACAACAGUUUCAGUGGAACGAAGGACAUCGGUUAGGGAGGAACGAUUAGACACCGAAACAUUACAAAUGGAACCUGCUUCAUUACAUUUGUCAACAUCCAUGUAUCCGCCGAGACGGAUGGGAGCAUCGAUUGCAAGCAAAGCACGCUUACCCAACAGGGUUUCAUUGGAUAUCGAGAAAGAGGUACCCACUUUUGCGCAGCAACAACAACCCACUACACUCAUCGGUAAUGGACCUAUUUCAUUGCCAUCAUCUGGUCGACAAUUGGCAAACCAUAUCGGAGCUUUAGAUGAGAAAGAAAAAUUACGAAAAACCAAUAAUAGCGGACCGAGUCAGAUACUGAUACUUCAGGAAGCACUGAAGCAUGGCUUGGCUAGCACUAAAGAACAAUUAAUUCAAACCAAUGAAAGAUUGGAUGGAAUGCGAGGUUCUUUACGAUACACAGAAUCAGAAAAGAAAAAAUUGGGUGAUCCGAUGGUAUUGGCGAAGCUCACUAAGCUACCGACCUUUAUGUCUACAGUAGCUGAUUCCUCAGAAGAGACACAUGAAGCACCGAUAAUUUCUGGAGCAUCAUCGAAAUCAACGAAUGGUUCGGGCAAUGUUGUAAGACAGAAUAUUGAAGCCCAAAAAAGUGAUACUGGGGUCUUAUAA